UCCUUUUCAGCGAACCCUGUCCAUGUGUAAUAUUCGUGCGUCUUGCUGCAGCUUUCCGUGUUUUCUGUGAAUGACAGAGGGGACAUGAGUGCAGUUUUACCUGUUUAAGAUGGUCCCGGGGAUAAACGCCAGCCUGCUGGAGCCGCUCUCUCAUGGACUCUGGAGCAGAUAGGUUGUGAAUAAUGUUGCGCUUUCUGUGCGGCAGAGCAAUCGGGCAGCCUGCCCUGCUCUCCGUCCUUCAGGGGUCCUCAUCCCGAGGUUUGCUCACUAAGUCUGGUCCAUCAUACUUGAAGCAGCUGAGUUCCAGUCCUCGGUGGAUCAGCACCUCCGUCCCAGCAUGCUCUACAGCCCCACGGAAGGAUCCCUCUGGACAUGGUCAGCAAAGUCCAGACAGUGCUGGCCCAAGUGACCUGAAAGAACCUGAUCCACUGAUGGAUAAUUCCAUAGGCCUGGUGCAGAGAUAUAAAAAAACCUUUAAACAGUAUGGAAAAGUGAUGAUUCCUGUACACCUGGUCACGUCCUCUCUCUGUUUCGGAGUUUUUUACUACAGUGCUAUGAAGGGAGUGAAUCUGGUGCCAUUUCUGGAGUACAUUGGUUUUCCUGACAGGCUUGUUAAACUUCUGGAGAACUCCCAGAGUGGCUAUGCACUGACCGCAUAUGCCAUGUACAAGAUUGCCACACCAGCACGAUACACCAUCACUUUAGGAGGAACGUCACUGUCGGUAAAGUAUCUGAGGAAGCACGGCUACAUGUCCACCCCACCACCUGUCAAAGAGUACUUCCAGGAGAAGAUGGAGGAGACGAAAGAGAGGAUCUCUGAGAAGAUGGAGGAGACGAAGGAGAGGAUCUCUGAGAAGAUGGAAGAGACUAAAGAGAGAUUUUCUGGAAAGAUGGAGGAGACAAAGGAUCGCUUCUCUGAGAGAAUGGAAGAGACAAAGGACAAAUUCUCUGGGAAAAUUCAAGAAACCAAAGACAAAGUUGGUUUGCGAAAGAAGACAGAGUAGUUUUCGCAGCUCAUGAGGAUAUGUUUCAACACAACAUAACUCUUGCAAACUCCCCAAUGGGGUUCACAUAAGAAUAUCCAUCUCCCUAUUAAUAAAAACAAUUCUUGAAUCCCUCAAGUGAUAGUUGGAAAAAAAAUCAUUUAAUUUCUUCAUAACCCCAAAUGUAGUCAAACAACUAAGACAAGAUCACGUUUAUAGAUAGGAGUGCAUCAUAUAGAGUGAGAAACCACAUAUGCAAGCCUAUUACAGAUUAUUCAAAGUGAUUGAUGAUAUAGACCUGCAGAUAACUGCAUGCUAAAAUAGAGGCAAUAUAAUUCUAGUUAGCUAGCUACAUUAGCUUUAUAGGUCCAGUGUAAAAGAAAAAGAAACUCCAAACGUGUCUUUCCUGAUUGACUAUGGUCCAAUUCCUUUCACCCCCUGUUUUGCACAAGCACAUUUGUCCUGUUACAUUUACGAUAACCACAAUAUCACCAUAGUUUAAUGUGUACUUUUAACGUUUUAGGACUAUUUUCUUUAUAA